AUGAAUGAAAAUGGCCAUCAAUUUGUUCCUCCUUUAAAUAUUUAUGAUCCAAGUAAUUGGGAUAAUAUUGACAAUAUUUUAAGGGAAAUUUUAGUUGAAAAGGGACCAAUUAGAGAAUCAAAUCUUGUGUUUCCUAAAGAUAGUUUAUCUAGACAUUUUUCUUAUGAUGCUUAUACUAGAAAGCUAGGUAAUGGUGAAACAAGUGAUCGAAAAUGGUUAAUUUAUUCUAAACAAGUAGAUAAAAUUUAUUGUUUUUGUUGUAAAUUGUUUAAACCUAUUAAUAAUAAUAAUCAAAUUUCUUUGGCAAAUAAUGGAUUUAAUAAUUGGAAACACCUUUAUGAAAGACUUGAUGAACAUGAAAAUAGUGUUCAACAUAUUUUAUGUGUGCGAUCUUGGAAUGAGCUAAGAGUAAGAUUGGGUAAGAAUGAAACAAUUGAUAAGGACUUACAACAAAUAUAUAAAAAAGAAAAAGAACGUUGGAGACAAGUUUUAAUAAGAAUAAUUGCUGCCGUGAAAUAUUUAUCGAAAUAUAAUUUAGCUUUUCGAGGAUCUAACGAGAAGCUUAAUCAAGAUAAUAACGGUAAUUUUUUAGGAGUAAUUCAAAUGAUGACAGAAUUUGACAGUGUAAUGCAAGAUCAUGUUAAACGGAUAGAAAAUCAUGAAACCCAUAAUCAUUAUUUAGGGCAUAAUAUCCAAAAUGAACUAAUUUCUAUUUUAGCUCACAACGUUAGAAAUUCUAUAAUUAAAAUUAUUAAAGAAGCAAAAUACUUUUCUGCGAUUCUUGAUUGUACCCCCGAUGUAAGUCAUCAAGAACAAAUGAUUCUAGUUAUUCGAUGUGUGAACAUAUCUAGUAACAAAAUAAAAGUUGAAGAAUACUUUUUAGAAUUUUUGAAGGUAGAUGAUACGUCUGGUUUAGGACUAUUUAAUGAAUUAUUAUAUGCAAUUAAAUCAAUCGGUCUUAAUAUUGAUGACAUAACAGGGCAAGGUUAUGAUAAUGGUUCUAACAUGAAAGGGAAACACCAAGGGGGUCAAAAACGAUUACUUGAAAUUAAUCCAAGAGCGUUGUAUAUGCCAUGUGUUUGCCAUAGUCUUAAUCUUACAGUUAGUGAUAUGACCCAUUCAUGUGAAAAAGUUAUUUCUUUUUUUGGAGUUGUGCAACGCAUAUUUGUACUAUUUUCGAGUUCUACUAAAAGAUGGAACAUACUACUUGAAAAUGUUCACAAUUUAACUCUAAAAUGUUUAUCUAAUACACGUUGGGAAAGUAGAAUUAAAAGUGUCAAAGCUUUUAGGUUUCAAGCUCCUCAAAUAAGGCAAGCUUUAAUUGAAUUAGGUAAAUCAUGCAAUGAUGCUAAAUCAAAAAGUGAAGCAGAAAGUUUAGUUGCCAUAGAAAGUUAUGAAUUUUUACUUGGUAUGGUAAUUUGGUAUGAUAUUUUAUUUUCUAUUAAUAUGGUAAGUAAAAAAUUGCAAACUAAAUCUAUGUGUAUUGAUGGCACCAUUAAUCAAUUAAAAAGUAUAAUGUCGUUCUUUGAGAAAUAUAGAAAUGAAGGGUUUUCCCGUAGUUUAGAUAAUGCCAAAUCCAUAGCAAUUGAUAUGGAUGUUGAACCUACAUUUCGAAUAAGAUGUCAAGUUACUAAAAAAAGGCAAUUUGAUGAAAUUGAUAAUGCACAAGAAUUACAGUCGGCCGAAGAAUCGUUUAGAAUUGAAUAUUUAUGGUUGUUGUUGAUAUGA